AUGACUGCGCGGCCGUUAGUUCGAGUUUAUAAUGAGAAGGCGGACGCAACGACGACGGAAAUCAAGUUGCCGGGCGUUUUUCGUGCGCCACUUCGACCCGACAUUGUUUCGUUCAUUCAUGAUCAGAUGAGAAAAAAUAAACGACAGCCAUAUGCUGUUUCGACUGAAGCGGAUUUUAUUUCGAAGGAUACUGCUUUAUUCGUUGAUGUGUGUGUUAAAGGUCAUCAAACAUCGGCCGAAUCAUGGGGAACAGGUCGUGCCGUCGCAAGAAUUCCUCGUGUACGUGGUGGUGGCACUCACCGAAGUGGCCAAGGUGCAUAUGGAAAUAUGUGCAAGGGUGGAAGAAUGUUUGCGCCCACUAAGGUGUAUCGACGUUGGCAUAGACGCGUAAAUAUUGCUCAGAAACGUUUUGCUAUUGUGUCGGCCAUUUCGGCAUCUGGAGUACCAGCCUUGGUCCAAGCGCGUGGUCAUAUCAUUGAUCGUUUACCGGAAAUUCCGCUUGUUAUUAGUGAUAAGAUCGAAAGUUUUAAGAAAACCAAAGAAGCAAUGCUUUUCAUCCGCUAUAUUCACUUGAUUGGAGAUGUGGAAAAAGUUAUGAAUUCAAAACGAUAUCGCGCUGGCAAGGGAAAAGGACGCAAUCGCAGAUAUAAAAUGAAACGUGGACCACUUCUUGUUUAUAAUCAAGAUAAUGGAUUGGUAAAAGCGUUUAGAAAUAUUCCUGGUAUUCAAACGCUUUGUGUAGAUCGUUUGAAUCUUUUAAAAGUAGCACCUGGUGGUCAUUUGGGACGCUUAAUUGUUUGGACUGAGUCCGCUUUUCGUAAAUUGGAUUUAAUAUACGGGACAGAAGUGCGCAAAUCAGAAGUUAAGAAAAAAUUCUUCAUGCCAUCAGCAAAAAUGGCAAACCCUGAUUUUUCUAGACUAAUUAGAUCCGAAGAAAUUGUUAAAGCUGUUCGUCCACGCCGGAAGACAGUAAAAACUCCUACAAUCCAUCGCAAUCCACUUAAAAAAUCGAAUCUUAUGGUUAAAUUGAACCCAUAUGCAGCUGUACUUAAGCGCGCAGCAAUCCUCAGACAACGUCGAUUACACUGCAAAAAAUAUGCAAUGCCUAAGAAGAAAGCAAAAGAAAAACAGGAAAAGGUAAACCGAUUAAAAUUUACUGAAAUUAAAGCCUUAAUUUAA